AUGUCUGGUUGCGCAAUGUGGAUGAUCCUUGCUCUGGCUGCCUCCUGUAGCGUCAUGAGUCUCGCCAGAAUCAUGGAACCCGGACACAGCCGCCCGCCCUUCCAGCUUCCUUCGUCGCCUUCGUCUGCGAGUUCGACGGGCGCGGCCUCGGCUCUCCGCCUGGCCAAGAGGGAAGCGUUCGACCCAUCGUGCAAGGGCAUCUACAACCGCGCCAUCUGGGCCAAGCUCAACAGGGCGUGCGAGGACUGCCAGAACCUCUUCAGGAAAGAACCGGCCAUCUACGAGUCCUGCAGGGAGAAAUGUUUCGACACACCUAUCUUUCCUGCGUGUGUGAUCGAACUCUCCUUGAAUCUUAACGAAUACAUGUUCGAAGCAGAGUUAAUUCGCGAGCUUUAA